GGUCAUAAAUGUAGGCCACGCAUGGAACUCACUAUCAUGCCGUGCAUUCUUUGAGCAUGAGCUGGGCCUGAAUCAGGACACUAGGAUCGGUGAGCAGAGAGCCGCGGAGGACUCGUUUCGCCACGCAUUGUAGAGAGCAGGCUAGGGACGCCCUGUUUUUUUCAAUUUCGCCGAAUUCCAAACAUUCAAACGUUGAGAUUUUGAGCGUGGAUACAGCAUUCUUUUGACAAUGUGUACUGGUGAUGUAUUCGUCCCGGCUUUGGUCACCCUGCUCGUGAUCGUAGGUGGAGUGUCUGCCAAAGAGCGCGGGAAGAUCCUGAUGUUUGGCGGGAACGGUCUGAUCGGAGCCGCUGUUACCGAAGCGUUGGUGUCGUUUGGGUACGAUGUCACCCUGACCAACCGUGGAACCUGGUACUGGGACACCGACAGAACAAUCAAACCGUUUGUCAGGCAGAUCUAUUGCGACCGGUACAGUGUGUUCAUGAUGGCCGGAACGAUUGCCAGGGAGUGUCCAGACUUGGUCGAGUUUGUAGAGAGUGUUGACAGAUUCGAAGCAGUGGUUGAUUUCAGCGCGUACGACGUGGCCGUGGUGACUCAAGCCCUGGAGAUCCUCGAGAGCAAGGUUGGGGUCUAUGUUUACAUUAGCAGUGACUCUGUGUAUGAGGUUUGCGACAAGCAUCACACGGACCCGACUCGCGAAACAGACGCCGUGCGACCAGACGACAUGACCAGGCGGGAAGAGCUCAACAAAGCAGACGAUUACGGCAACAAGAAACUCCUCUGCGAAGAGGAGUUGAUCAGGGCGAACCUAGCGGGCGGGCCGCCGUACGUCUUCUUGCGUCUCCCAGAUGUCAUUGGUGCCCGCGACAACACAGACCGAUGGUGGAUCUACCAGCUUUGGGCAAAGCUUGCAAAACACAUGGGAAAGCCAGUCACGCAUCCAACAUUCCUUAAACACCAACAACUCGGUAUGGUGUUUUCUGAAGACGUCGGUCAAGCUGUCGUGAAAAUCUUAGGAAAAAACGACCCGAAUCUCCUGUACAACAAGGCUUAUAACCUUGCCUUCGAGGAACACAUGACUCUACCUGAACUUAUAGCAGAGAUUGGGAGAAAUAUCGGAGUUGGUGAGGUCCCCAUGGAAAUCGACCCAAAAGAUUAUGCAUAUUAUCUGUUCCCGUCCGUUAAGAAGGGCCCCGUUGACAUCACUCUGGCAAAGACGGCUUUUGAUUUCUCGCCGACUCCGUUGAAAGUGGCCAUCAAGGCCGCCGCGGAUUUCUACGAAAUGGCCAUCCGUGAUGAAAAAUAUGAAAAGUACCGGAAAAGAAUUCUUGGCAAACUUGGUAAAGAUGUCUUCCAGGACAAGGAAAAGAUGAAAUCAGGACUUGCCCUGCUCUACCCCGACAAGUUUCAUUCUGAUAAGCAGGAUAGAGAGGAAUUAUAGCUAGUUAAGGGCCUUGAUUGCUCCUGUUCGAGUUAACAGUAGGAACUACACUACCCCGACAUGUUCCAUUCUGAUAAACAGGGCAGCUAUGACAUUUCACCAUUGAUGGGCCUUGAUGGCUCCUGGUCGAGUUUACUGCAGGACCUACUCUACCCCGACAGGUGUCAUUCUGAUAGACAGAACUAGGAUGAACCUAUCUUGUCCGAAAAUGCUUCACUUUUUGACUUGUAUAGAAUUAGUAUAGAAUGAAGGCGUAACGUAUUUCUCAUGAAGACACUUUUUAUUUCAUGACAAAACUGGUUCCAAAGUUUUAUUCCAUUUUACUGGUGUUGCUCCGAAAACAUUUCUGCCAAAAUUCUACCUCACUAAGAUCCAUUUCCAUGAAGUCUUUCUAGGUACUUAACAUAAUGAGCGCCUCCUUUUAGCGAUUGAUAAACUAAAUUUAAAGAAAGAUUGAGGUGCAAAUGCGACCCUGACUUCAUUUACAUAUCUAGUUAUCAUCAGAGAUGCUAAGUUCAUUCUAAUUUACCAGUAUCUAACUGCCUAAUAUUUAUUUUUCAUUUUUCUGCGAUGACGUCAUACAGGGAAAGGAAUGAAUUAGUAUUUCGGGCACUUUCAAUACUUGCACUGCCCGGCAGAAAUUAUCAUGAUUUGGACUAUUUUUACCAAUACUCAGCCGAAUUUAAUGAAACAAUGAAAUGUAACUGAUACUGUACGCCAAAUCAUGAAAAUAUUACUCAAGCUAUGUAAUUCUUCGACACUUAGGACUUAAAGGGGUACGCCGUUCGUAGUAACUGGUUGUCAAGGAAAAUUUAAGAUAUAAAGAAAUAUAGUUAUACAC